UUUUUUUAGUAUUUACUUUUAUGAGCAGUGACGAUGAAUACGAUCUAUUAAAAGACCACGUAUCUACCUUAGUUUCACUCUGUGGGGAUAGCCAACACGAUUGUGGUUAUUGUGAUGGAAAAGACACGUCCAAAUCAUUUGGUAUUUGGGCUCACUUUAUGUCCUGCUCUGAUUAUCAAGCACUCAUCAACAGAGGAUGGAGAAGGUCUGGACAUUAUUUGUAUAAACCUGAUAUGGAAAGAACAUGCUGUCCUCAGUACACUAUAAGAUUACAUGCCAUGGAUUUUAAAUUAACAAAAGGACAAAAGAAAGUGCUUAAUAAAUUCAAUCGUUAUGUCCAAGGCACAUGGAGUCCAGAAAGAGAAGAGCAACAAGACGUAAAGAAUAAACCUAAAGCGAGCACACCUAAAUCCCUUCUGGAUUGGGUUCAUGCUCCUGAUCAUACGGAUAAUAAGUAUAAACUCAAGAUCGAGUUAGAGCCUAGUUCGUAUACAAAAGAGAAGCAUGAACUGUAUAAAAAGUACCAAAUAUCUAUACAUCAUGACGAACCAGAGGAAUUGACAGAAAGAAAAUUUCGACGGUUUUUGAUUGAUUCACCGUUAAAAAUGGAAACAAAAGGAGAUGUUACGUUUGGAUCAUUUCACCAAAAGUAUAUACUUGAUGGCAAACUUAUUGCCCUCUCUGUUAUCGAUAUAUUACCUAGCUGCGUAUCUGCUGUCUAUUUUAUGUAUGAUCCUGACUAUUCAUUCCUGGGACUAGGAAAGUACAGCGUGUUUCGAGAAGUGAGUCUUGUUUUGGAACUAAAAGAUGAUGACUUGAAGUAUUAUUAUAUGGGGUAUUACAUAGACUCAUGUCCAAAAAUGAACUAUAAAGGACAAUAUGAGCCAUCAGACUUGUUGGAUCCGGUUGAUUAUACUUGGCAUCCAAUUCAAGAGUUCAGAAAGGAGUUUACAAAGCAUAAAUUUGUCACCUUUGCCCAAGGCAUAGAAUAUACUACCGCAGGUUGGCUAAAUCGUAAGGAGAUAACACAAAGUGUAUUAUCAAACGUAUUGGUGUAUAUUGGAGAAGGUAGAGUGCUCCCUGCAAAGCAUCUGCUACAGGCCAUCAAGGAUGCUCAAAUUCGAGCUUCCAUUAUUGACUUUGUCUGCGCUGUGGGUCUUGAUUUGGCUUACAGUAUAUUGAUUUCAUUUUGAAGAAAAAUAAAAGCAUCCAUCAACUUGAUCAUUACUAUAUACACACAAUGAUUCUUUCAAAGGGGGAUAUGCAGACAUUACACAAGUGUCAUGCAUAGUGUGACUUGUUAUUUUGUUGUAUUUUUGAGUGGGGAGCAGUAUUGACGCCUUUUCAUAAAUAAUAUUAAUAAUAGAAUGCCCUUUGGACAAGUAAAAUGACAAACAUGGCUAGUUAUUCUUGGUCUAAUUUGUACUUAGGUUAUAGUUGGACCUCCAGGAUCA